AUGCAACCCACCCCCAGGACGCGGCGCACGGCGCAGAACACCCAGCACACAUAUUCGUUCGAUGGCCGGAUACACGAUGUCAAAACUUACCCAGUUCAGUCGCCACAGGGCGCAACUAUCCUCAUCUAUGGGCACGAAAACGGGGUCACCAUCGUUUGGCGCGGCGGCCAGAGGCUGAAGCCGCCAAAACAAACCACCAGCGAAAAGCGGAACGGGGCCAAGUCAGACGAUGCAGUCAUGAUCAUUGAUUCGGACGAUGAAGCGCCCAGCAUCCCAGCUUUCGUCGACAAGCCAGAGUUCCACGACGUCGCAGCGACAGACGCCUCAACUCCCGAAAUUACCCAAACUCUCGAUCUUGGGUUUGGGACCGCAGUGCUCAAUGUCGCCGUUUUGCCAAUGCCGUCGAGUAUCGCCGAAGAAGCCGCCUGGAACGGGGCCAACAUUCUGAAGAGCAAGCUCGUCUUCGCAAUUACCUGCGCCACUACCGAUGUCUAUCUCGUCACGCUCCCUUUAACCCCCCCGUCGCACGAGAGCAAGGCGCGGCCCGAACUCCGCAAGAGCUUGCUGGCGGGGAACGCUGGAACAGGUGUCUGGGGUGAAACCAUGACCUUGCUGGCCGGCCAAAGCCGCCGUUCCGGAGGACUUGCUCUCACACUAGUCAAGCCAAAGCAGGGUUCGCGGAGCAGAUCAGUUGACCGCGCAGCAGCAAAGGCGACGCCGGUUUCCCGCGCAAUCGUCGCGGCUCAUACCCCAGAAUCGAGCGGCAUACUACGUCUUUGGGACGUAACGCUGGAUGUAAAACCUGGUGUCAUAGCUCGCGUCGAGCCGUUCCAAACCGAAUUUCUCCCUUCUCCGAUCACCGGCCUUGCCUUCAACCCAACACAUACAACGCAACUCCUCACAACCACCUUCUCCCAGGCAGUUCGCAUCUACGAUUAUGCCACCGCGGCACUUCCCUCAGAUGACGCAUCAGAAGGCCCUUUUCCGACCCAGGGUUCCUGGCUUCUGUCCCUCUAUGCUCCCUUCGCCAGAGGACCUUCCACGUCGACCACACGAAAACCGGUGGUUGGUGCUGAGUGGAUUGCUCACGGCCGUGCCGUUCUGGCCCUUCUAGCCGACGGUCAGUGGGGUAUUUGGGAUAUUGACGGUGCGAGCCCAUCAGCCGGUGGUUCUGGAGGACUCUUCAGCAAAGCUAGCGCGGCCCUUCAUGGCUCCGCCAUCACAAAUUUCUGUGUCUCCGGCCAACUAGAAGGAACCAGCCCGCUCCGUGCGCCCGGAACACAAAAGUCAUCCGCUACGCCAGGGUCAGCCGGCGAGUUCGUCCCCAUGACCCCCCACACAAGGCGCGACGCCAUUGCCUCCGUGACCACGGGUGGCUACGAGAGGCUCGCGGCUGCGCGAGGCGGAGUCACCGUCACCCAGCUGCCCUCAGAAGGCGCUGGUCUGAGCGAAGAGAGCGCCGUGCUCUGGCUUGGCGGUGUCAACCCUAUCGUCUCCGUCAUCCCUAUCAUCUCCCGCUUCUGGGACUCCCAACUUCGCCGCGCUGUCGGCGGUGGAGUCAACCUCUGGAGCGGCGCACAACCUACCCGCAUGCUCCGCUUUACAGACCUUACCGCCGGGCUCCUCGGCGAGCGGUGUACAGGCGCGGCCGCCAUUCCUAAGCCGAGUCGCACCCCUACCGCUACCAACGGCUCCGCAUCAAAGGAGGGCACCCCGAACCACACGGAAGGCCUGCCCAUCGAAGUUCUGCUCCGGGGCGAAAGCCGCCUCGUGGUUGUCCACGAGAACGAAGACGCAGAUACCACCUCGCUAACCAGCCGUCUUCUCAGUGCCCGUAGGAAACCACGCAGCGGAGAAGCCGGUCCGACGCGCGCCAUCCUAGCUUACCCACCACCUGGCCAGCAAGAGAGCGCCAACGUCUCCUUCAACCUCAGCUUUGCUUCGCGCCCCGGCAGGACAGUAGGCGGGGGCAGCGGGCUCUUCCGCGACCGACCACGGGUGAUCGGGUCGAAUAAGGGAUCGUUUGAUCAUUCCAUGGACGUGGUGCUACCGUCAACCGAGCUAGGUCAGGAAGAUGAUGAGGUCGGGGUGGCGGGUGGUUUGGACACCGCGCCGUCGAGCCAACAGGGGCUGAUGUUUAUCAACGAUCUCAACUAUGCGGCUGAUCAACCGGACGACGAGUUCGAGGUCGAAGGACGAGAUAUCGAACAGGAGUUGAUGGAUAUCAUGGAGAUUGACCGCGAGUUGGAGCAACUGGAGCAUGAACGGCAAAGUGGAGGGAAAAGAGUGUUUUUCGAGGAGAGCUAA